CAGAAAGAACAGUAAAAAUGCAGGCAGGGCGCCGGACAAAGCACUCGGGACAAAAUUGUAUUGAGUGAAUGUCACUUUUUGUCAUUUUCAAAUUUCCUGCCGUUUUUGUCCCCCGUACGUCCCGACGCUCGCAGGGAACGGAACCCGGAAGACGGACGCCGGCAUCAGCCGGAGGACAUUGCCGGGGACACUGCAGGGGGGACACAUCGCGGGAGCGUAGGACAGGGUAAGUGAUCGAGGGAUCGUGGAGCAGUGCCGCAGUGUAUUCCCGAGUGUAGCUCGGGGUUACCGCUUGUGGUACUGAAA